CUCUCUUCUCGCGCCCAUCCAUCCAUGGAGAAGACAAGGCUCUCGCUCUCACCUCGUUAGGUGCCGCGUCGCUCUUCCUUAACUACUCCCCCCCCCCCCCCCCCCCCCCCCGAUUCUCCCGCCUCCGCCGCGCGCCGCCAUCCAUCCUCCUCUCCGGCGACCUCAUCCGUCUGCAUGCUACGCGGGAACGACACCGGCAGCGACCUGGCCGAGCUGCUCUGGGACAACGGCGCCCCGGCGCCGCUCAGGCCGCCUCCGCCUCCGCCCUUCCAGCCCUUCACCUGCAGCGCCGCCGCCACCACGUCGCCGCCGGCGCACGACUACCUCUUCAUCAAGAAUCUCAUGCGGGGCGGCGGCGCCGCCAACCACCACCACCACGAUGACGAUGACGACGACGACGACGACGUGCCGUGGUUGCAUUACCACCCUGUCGUGGACGACGACGACGACGCCGACGCUGACACGGCGCCGCUGCCUCCCGACUACUGCGCCGCCUUGCUCUCCGGCCUCUCCGACCACCUCCCGCCGCCCGCCGCUGCGGCGAGCAGGGUGGACCCCGACCCCUGCUCCUCCUCCCACGGCGCCGUCGUCCCGUCCACGUCCGCCGCCGCCGCCAAGCAGGCUCGCACGAGCGGCGGCGGCGGCGGCGGCGUCAUGAACUUCACCUUCUUCUCGAGGCCUCUGCAGCAGCGCCCCUCCGGCGGCGAGACCGCGUCGGCGUCGGCGUCGGCGGCGGCCACCUCGACCGUCCCCGUCGAGUCGACGGUGGUGCAGGCGGCGACGAACCGGCUGAGAAGCACCCCGCUCUUCUCCGACCAGAGGAUGGCAUGGCUGCACCCGCCCAAGCCGUCGCCACGCGCCGCCGCACCGCCGCCGCCGCCGCCUCUGGCCCCUACCACUCGGCACCGACUCGACACCGCCGCCGCGACGGCGACGGUGGCGCAGAGGUUGCCGCCGUCCGAGGCAAGAGCUCCCGACGCGCCCCCGCCUGCCGCGACCGCGACGGCGACGACCUCGUCCGUCUGCUCCGGCAACGGCGACCGGAGACAGCUCAAUUGGAGGGACAGCCACAACAACCAGUCCGCCGAGUGGUCGGCCAGUCAAGACGAGCUGGACCUCGACGACGAGCUCGCAGGCGUCCACCGGAGGUCGGCGGCGAGGAGCUCCAAGCGCAGCCGCACCGCCGAAGUCCACAACCUGUCAGAGCGGGUAAGCACACACACCAUGCACCAUCCACAACACCCGCGUCGUGUCAUGACGUCAUCUCAUCUCGCCAUUGAAUUGCUUUCGAGCUCGCAGAGGAGAAGAGACCGGAUCAACGAGAAGAUGCGGGCGCUGCAAGAGCUCAUCCCAAACUGCAACAAGAUUGACAAGGCGUCGAUGCUGGAGGAAGCCAUCGAGUACCUCAAGACGCUGCAGCUGCAGGUGCAGAUGAUGUCGAUGGGGACGGGGAUGUUCGUGCCGCCGAUGAUGCUGCCGGCGGCGGCGGCGGCAAUGCAGCACCACCACAUGCAGAUGCAGCAGAUGGCCGGGCCAAUGGCGGCGGCGGCGCAUUUCCCCCACCUCGGCGCCGCCGCCGCCAUGGGGCUCGCCGGCUUCGGCAUGCCCGCCGCCGCGCAGUUCCCUUGCCCGAUGUUCCCCGCCGCGCCGCCGAUGUCCAUGUUCGCGCCGCCGCCGCCGCCGCCGCCGUUCCCUCACGCGGCCGCCACCGCCGUCGAGCAGACGCCGUCUCCGCCGGGAGCAGCAGACGCCGGCAACGCCCCCGCCGUGAAGCAGGCGUGACGGCCAUCACAUCUCUGCAUUUGCAAUCGCCAAUUCGCCAUUGCGGUGGCCUCGCCUAGCUUAGCUAGCUUUGAUCUGAACAAUUUUCAGUCUCACCUAGCUUGCUGUAGCAGAAACGUUCCAACUUUGUUCUAGCUGUAGCUUUGUAGUUGUAAAAUUGAGGAAAAUUUAUGUAGAUGAGCUACUGAAGUAGUAGUUCUUUUUUUGUUCGGAAUUUGUUCUGUCCAUCGAAAAUUCGUCGCAGAGUGUUCAUCCUUUUCUAAAUCAAGAUCAAAACAGACCACCACACAAGGAGUAAUUCUGCACAGUGAACUGCGUCAGAGGAUAAGCCGAAGCACAGUGACUGCUGUUGCUGCUGGAGACGAUCAAAUUCAGACCAUUGUCUCCCGUUCUCACUCUCACCUGAAAAAGUCUAUUUUCUCAGUCACAAAAUAUAACAACAUGUAUUACUCGAUUAUAUAUCGCCUUUCUACUCGACA